CUAGAAAAUUAUUGAUCGACGCGGGAGGUUAGUGACCGGUUGUAUUUUGUAACGUGUCUGAAUAUUGAUAAAAGUCAUUCCAAAAUGAAAGGCGACAAGAACGUGGACAUCCAGGCCCUGAAGGAUAUCGCGAAUAAGCUGAGAAUCGACAGCAUCGUGGCUACAAAUGCAUCCAAAUCAGGUCACCCCACAUCAUGCGCGUCCAUGGCGGAGGUAAUGUCGGUGUUGUUCUUCCACACCAUGAAGUACAAGAUCUCUGCGCCCAGAGACGCCUCCGCAGACAGAUUCAUCUUGUCCAAGGGUCACGCAGCUCCGAUCCUAUACGCCGCGUGGGCCGAAGCCGGUCUGUUCCCGGUUGAAGAUUUGAAAAACUUGCGUAAAUUGGAUUCUGACCUGGAAGGACACCCGACCCCGCGCCUGAACUUCGUGGAUGUAGGCACUGGCUCGCUUGGGCAGGGCCUAGCCGUUGCAGCCGGUAUGGCCUACGUCGGCAAGUACUUCGACCAGGCGCCCUACAGAGUGUACUGCCUGAUCGGCGAUGGCGAGGCGGCAGAGGGCAGCGUAUGGGAGUCCCUGCACUUCGCCAGCCACUACAAACUAGACAAUCUCGUCGUCAUCUUCGACGUCAACCGUCUCGGACAAUCCGAGCCCACUUCUCUGCAACACCACAUGGAAAUUUACGACGCUCGCCUCAAAUCUUUCGGCCUGCAUUCCCUGGUAGUGGAUGGUCACGAUGUGUCUGAGCUGGUGAAGGCCUUCGAUGAGGCGUCCACCGUUACUGGUAAACCCACCGCUAUCAUUGCCAAGACUUUCAAGGGCAAAGGCUUCCCUGGCAUCGAAGAUAAGGAGAACUGGCACGGCAAAGCCCUUGGCGCUGACGGAGAAAAAAUCAUUAAGCAUCUGCAAACGCUGAUCAAGAACAACACAGUGAGCCUGAAGCCUAAAGCUCCUUUAGCAGAGGCCCCGAAAGUUCACAUCGCUGACAUUACCCUCUCCUCGCCCCCUGCUUACAAACAGGGUGAGCAGGUGGCCACUCGUCUCGCGUAUGGAACCGCGUUGAAGAAGAUCGCUGACACUAACAUGCGCGUUAUUGCCUUGGAUGGUGAUACCAAGAACUCUACCUUCAGUGACAAACUGCGCAACGCGUAUCCCGACAGAUACAUCGAGUGCUUCAUCGCCGAGCAGAACUUGGUGGGCGUCGCGACCGGCGCCGCCUGCAGAGACCGAGCCGUCGUCUUCGCUUCCACCUUCGCCGCUUUCUUCACCAGGACCUUUGAUCAAAUCCGCAUGGGUGCCAUCAGCCAGUCGAACAUUAACCUGGCCGGGUCUCACUGCGGCGUGAGUAUCGGAGAGGACGGUCCCUCACAGAUGGGCCUAGAGGACCUCGCUCUCUUCCGCGCCGUGCCCACUGCCACUGUCUUCUACCCUUCAGAUGCUGUAUCUACGGAGCGUGCUGUGGAGCUGGCUGCCAACACUAAGGGCAUCUGCUACAUCCGUACCUCCCGCCCCAACACUAACAUCCUGUACGCCAACGACGAAGUCUUCAAGGUCGGACAAUCCAAGAUCGUACGCGAGUCGCCUAAGGACAAGGUUUUGUUGAUCGGCGCCGGUGUAACCCUGCACGAGGCUCUCACUGCCGCCGAUAAACUGAAGGAAGAAGGUGUGGACGCCCGUGUCCUGGACCCGUUCACCAUCAAGCCCCUGGACGAGGCUGCGAUCGUGAAGCACGCCCGCGCCGUACAAGGACGAGUUGUCAUCGUUGAAGAUCACUACCAAGCUGGUGGUCUGGGUGAGGCGGUGCUUUCGGCGGUGGCUCUGGAGCGCGAUAUUAUUGUGAAGCACAUCUACGUGAAGGAGGUGCCUCGCUCCGGUCCGCCCGCGGCUCUGCUCGACAAGUACGGAAUCUCCGCGCCACACGUCGUCGCCGCCGCCAAGGCCCUCCUCAAACACUAAAUCACACAAAAUCAAAUCCCCUUAGUCUUCCACAAGUUGUUUGACUAAGAAAACAAAAACAAUAUUCUACUACCUGUAAAAUUCAAACCACAAAAAAUUCAACAUUCCUCGAGUUUUCCUCGUGAUACAUGUGCACAUUCCGCGCAGUCGUUGUGGUUUCAGUGAUAUGUUCGUGGUCCAAUAUUUCUUUAAAAUACUUGGUAACUGUCUAAUAGUUUAGUGCCAGAUUUUCAAAGUACAUAAUUGUCUGCCUAUUAGAUAUCUGACCAACGCAGAAAUCGUUAGGCCAUUGAACAAGUACGUUUCUAUGUUAGUUCCUAAGGAAAAAAGUAUUCCAUGAAUGGGAUAUUAUAUUGAUCAUGGUUGUUACUAUAUAUUAUCUCACAAUGAAGUUGUUUAUGAAGUAGGUGUAAGUACAUUUUUCUACGCGUAUUUUAUAUAUGAUUGUUUGAACUAUAAAACCGAAGUGCCUUUAUAUUUACGCAUGUCGCACAACUGUUGACGGUUUUUGAAAGGUUUAUAGAUAAAUAAGUAACGUUUUCAAAUACAUAUAAUCAUGUCGUAGCUUAUAAGGGCUUCCUUCUUGUAUUUUGUUGUUAAUUCAUACACAAUAUGUUAUGGUUAUUUUUUUAUUAUUGGAAAGUGGUAUAUAUUACAUUCCCGUUGGUUGCAUUUUUGUUUAACAAUUUUAUCACAGAAUCAGUUCUUCUGUAAUAAAGUUUAUAUAAUACAAAA